AAAUGUACAUAUAUAAGAUAAGUUGAAAAUUUAGAUAUUGUUUGGGAAAGAAGAAAAAAAAAAUAUAAAACGAAAUUUGUAUGUCUACAUUUUUUUAAAAUUUUUAUUAUAGUUAAUUUAAGAAAAAAAUUUUAUGAAUAAAAAAAAAGAUAUCGAAUUUGAUAUAAAAACUUCAAAGACAGAAAAAAUCAAACACGGAUUCGAUAAUAUCUACUGUAUCUGAAGUAUUAGGUGGGGGGAUAAAUUUAAGUGAGAAGUGGAGGACAUGUAAAGAAACUUUCAGGAAGUGGGGGAUUCGUUUUAUAAUCAAAAUGGCUCUGGCAGUAUCGCUCCGGAGAGCAUUGUUGAUGCUUUUAAUGGUAACGGUCUUUGUUUUACUAGUUUUAUACUGGAAUCAAAAUGUAACAAAGCCAGUGUCAUUUAUUAGCACAUUUGAGACAUCUUUAAGAAAUAGGACGCCAGUUAAUAUAGAUUCUAAUCCUCCCGAAAAAACAUGGACAUAUAAGUGUGAGGGUGACAAAUGCAUUCGUCAACAUUAUCUCACCGAGGAUACUGCCGAAAAACGUGUCCCAUUUAUGACAUGUUCAAUGACAUGUGGUGAUAUAAAUAUUUGGCCACAUCCCACAAUAAAAACAGCAUUUAGUUCUAAAUCUUUACGUUUUACCGUAUUUGAUAUCGAAUUAAGUAUAAAGACAGAAUUUAAAAAUAUUGAAACAAUAUUUCGAAAUGCAUUUGGUUUAUUUUUAAUUGACUUAAAGCACAUUGAAAAAUUAGAUAUAAGUAGCUCAAUUGCCAGUAAUUCUGGUAAUAAUUUUAAUAAUAAUAAUAGAAAUAAUAUUAAUAAUAAUAUUAAUAAUAAUAAUAAUUUUGUUAGUAAUAAUCAAAUUUUAAAUAAUAAUCAAAAUAGUAAUAGUCAAACGAAUAGUAUAAAACAAAAUAAUGAAAUUCAUAGCUUUUUGAUAAAACAGAAAAGAUUAAACUGUGAUAUUGAUAAAUUUGUGGUGGAAGUAAAUAUAUUGAAAUCAAAUGAAGUACAUUUAACCUUUGAUACGGAUGAAAGUUACAAUUUAACAACAGGAUAUGAUAAACGAAAGAUGACAGCUAUAAUAACAGCUAACUCAUAUUUCGGAGCUAGACAUGCACUCGCCACCCUACAGCAAAUGAUUUGGUAUGAUGAUGAAGAUGACAUAUUAAGAGUUAUAUCCAAAUCAAUAAUAUCUGACGUGCCAAGAUUUAAGUAUAGAGGACUGAUGUUGGAUACAUCACGGCAUUUCUUUUCGGUGGAGUCAAUCAAACGGACAUUAACAGCAAUGUCUUAUGUAAAAUUGAAUCGUUUUCAUUGGCAUAUUACAGAUUCGCAAAGUUUUCCAUAUGUUUCUAAACAUUAUCCGGAACUAGCAGCCCAUGGUGCAUAUUCAGAACAUGAAACUUAUACGUUUGAUGAUGUCAAAGAAAUUGUUGAAUUUGCUCAAGUAAGAGGAAUUCAAAUAAUACCUGAAAUAGAUGCACCCGCACAUGCUGGUAAUGGCUGGGAGUGGGGUCCUAAAAAGGGUUUAGGUGAAUUGAGUUUAUGUAUUAAUCAGCAGCCUUGGAGUUUUUAUUGCGGUGAACCACCAUGUGGUCAACUAAAUCCAAAAAAUAAUAACACAUACCUUAUUCUUCAAAAAUUAUAUGAAGAAUUGUUAAAUUUAACAGGGCCAACUGAUUAUUUUCAUUUAGGUGGCGAUGAGGUGAAUUUAGAAUGUUGGGGACAAUAUUUUAAUGAUACCGAUUUAAGAGGAAUGUGGUGUGAUUUUAUGACAACUGCUUUACAAAGAUUAAAAAUCGCUAAUAAUAAUAAAUUACCAAAAUAUGUUUCUGUAUGGUCAAGUGGACUAACAAAUACUCAUUGUUUAUCUAAAAAACAAUUUGUUGUUCAAGUAUGGGGUGGCAGUACCUGGCAGGAAAAUUAUGAUUUAUUAGAUAACGGUUUCAAUUUGAUUAUAUCGCACGUUGAUGCAUGGUAUUUAGAUUGUGGUUUUGGAAGUUGGAGAGCUACAGGUGAUGCAGCUUGUUCACCAUACCGAACUUGGCAAAAUGUAUAUAAACAUCGACCAUGGGAUAGAAUGCGAUUAGAUCCUCAUCGUAUGAAACAAAUAUUAGGAGGUGAAGCAUGCUUAUGGACAGAACAAGUCGAUGAGGCCGCACUAGAUAAUAGAUUAUGGCCAAGAACUGCUGCUAUCGCGGAAAGACUUUGGACGGAUCCAGAUGAUGAACAUGAUUUCGAUGCUGUACCACGCGAAGUUUUUAGUCGUAUGGGUGUAUUUCGUAAUAGAUUAAUUGAAUUAGAUAUUAAGGCCGAACCAAUAUUUCCAAAAUAUUGUGCACAAAACCCCGGAGAAUGCGUAUGACCUUCGUAUUAUAGAAAAUUUUAUCAGAUAUAAAAAAGUGAACAUUUUUAUAUACAUAUAUAGUUAAAAAAUUAUAUAAUAUAUGUUAAAACUUUCUACAACUAAUAUUUAAAUAUGAAAAUUAAAAAAAAAAAAAACAACCAUUGAUAUUUCCCAUUAAGUAGUUUAAUUUUUUUUUAAUGUAUAAAAAUUUUCAAAAGUUUUUUAACCAAAACAAUUAUAUUAUUUAACAAAGAUAAAAGUAAUGUAUAAUUUUUCUUAAUUUAAUUUAGAGUCUCGAUAUUGAAUUAGAAGAAAUGAUAAAUAGAAUUUUGUUUUGGAAGAAAAAAAACAAGUUUAAUUAGAAACAAAAGUACGUAAAUAAGUCCGAAUAUAAUUAAUUUAUACAUAAAUUAAAUUGCAUUAUUUUGAGGACAGAAAAUGAGUUUACAUUUAAUAUAAAAAGUUUCAUAUUAAUUAUUGUUAAUUUUAAAGAAUUGAAAUUAAUAAUUAAUUAAAUUACAAAUUUUUUUUUCUAUUUUGGAUCAAUAUUACA